AUGGCGUGGUAUGCGUGCUUUCUCCAUUCAUAAGAACGGCAAAUCUCCCACACCAGUAGCUGGCAACAUGACCAUUCUAUAAGCCAUUCGACGACACAGGCAAUGCCUGGCUUUCACGGUACGGGCUUGAGGUUCCCACCUCCGCCAGCGUCAAGUGGGUGAAAAGUUCGGACGCAAAUCCCCAGAGAGAUCCUGUUAACCGAAUGGUAACUAUCACCAAUCGAUAUGAGUCAAAGGGGGGCUUGUUAUCGGUUUCCCUCCCCGGACUGCAAACCAUGCAAACCAGACCAGUCAUUUACCUCACGUGACUAUGUACAUCACUUGAGUCAUACGGAGUACACCGCCAUCGACGGUCGAUUUAUAGCCAGUCAGGUUACCAAGGGGAAUCGUAUCCCAGCUCAAUUCCACCAACAAGAAACCCACACCCAUCAUGCCGGGCGCCUUCCGAAUGACCGCUGCGCGGUGCAGCUCGGCGACCCGCCAGCUCCUGACGCAACAAGCCAGCCAGACGAUUCCGCCGACCUCGCCCUUCGCCCCACGGCACCUCCUCUCGAUCGCCGACCUGACGCCGACCGAGUUCGCGACGCUCGUGCGCAAUGCCUCCUCCCACAAGCGCGCCAUCAAGUCCGGGGCGAUCCCGCAGAAUCUCCUGGGCGCACUGACGGGCCAGACGGUGGCGAUGAUGUUCAGCAAGCGCAGCACACGGACACGCAUCUCGACGGAGGGGGCGGUGGUGCAGAUGGGCGGCCACCCGAUGUUCCUGGGCAAGGACGACAUCCAGCUGGGGGUGAACGAGUCGCUGUACGACACGGCGGUGGUGGUGUCGUCGAUGGUGUCGGCGAUUGUGGCGCGCGUGGGCCCGCACGCGGACGUCGCCAACCUGGCCAAGCACUCCUCGGUGCCCGUCAUCAACGCGCUGUGCGACUCCUUCCACCCGCUGCAGGCGAUCGCCGACUUCCAGACCCUGCACGAGACCUUCACGCCCAAGGCGCACCACCUCUCCAGCCUGGGGCUCGAGGGCCUCAAGAUCGCCUGGGUUGGCGACGCCAACAACGUCCUCUUCGAUAUGGCCAUCAGCGCCGCCAAGAUGGGCAUCGAUCUCGCCGUCGCCACCCCCAAGGGCUAUGAGAUCCCCGCCGCCAUGCUCGAGCUCAUCCAGCAGGCCGGCCAGGGCGUCCAGCGGCCCGGAAAGCUCAUCCAGACCAAUGUCCCGGAGGAGGCCGUCAAGGAUGCCGAUGUGCUGGUCACCGAUACCUGGGUGUCCAUGGGCCAGGAGGCCGAGGCCCGCAAGCGCCUCAAGGACUUUGAGGGCUUCCAGAUCACCCCCGAGCUGGCUAAGCGCGGCGGUGCCAAUGAGGGCUGGAAGUUCAUGCACUGCUUGCCCCGCCACCCGGAGGAGGUAAGCGAUGAAGUCUUCUACAGCCACCGCUCCUUGGUCUUCCCCGAAGCGGAGAACCGGCUGUGGGCUGCUAUCUCUGCCCUGGAGGGAUUCGUUGUGAACAAGGGCAAAAUCGAAUGAAUUUGAUAGCGUGGGUGGUGCUUGGGCCUAUGUACUCUAUAAAAGCUCUCCGUGGUGUUUGUUUGAUUUCGAGCGUGUAUGAGCACUUAUUAUGAGGCGAUAUCAGCUUUGUGCGGGGGAUCUCGUACGCAGUAUCCCAAUAUAACGACUGAUCCGAUCUUGAUGAUGAUCAGGAUGGGAUCAUGAAAUCAUCUUGGUUCAUUGUCAAUUCUAGUAGAAUUGAGCCUCUACAAGGUAAACAGUUGGCAUCUUUGGUGCGUAGAUGGAUCAU